AUGGCAACCUCAAGCUUAGCUUCAGCAGCCUCAAGCUUUGUUUUCACAUCCAACAUAACUAACAACUGCACCCCAAGGACUAAAGGCUCGUCGUCCGGGCCGAGGAGGCAUCGGCCGUUACCGAAACAAAGGAGGCUCCAAAGCCGCCUCCAAUUGGUCCCCAAGAGAGGGGCUGAGGUGAGGAUCCUCAGGAGAGAAUCCUAUUGGUACAAAGAAUGUGGAACAGUUGUGAAUUGUGAUCAGGAUCCAGCAACUCGUUACCCGGUUGUGGUUCGAUUUAAAAAAGUGGACUAUGCCAAUAUCUCCACAAACAACUUCGCAUUAGAUGAGAUUCAAGAAGUGUAAUGAUUUCCAACGCGUUGAUGAAGGGCAUGCAUGCCUUUUGCAAACAAUAGUGUAAUCUUUGGGUGUGUAUAUUAUCACUCCUUUGUUCAAGCUUUUGUGUCUCUAUUUAUCUAUCUAUCUAUCUAUUCCUCUUGUUCAUUCUGACAAUUUGGUUCUCCAUUUAUUAAUGUUUGUGAUGUCUAAAUGUCGAAC